UGCAGGUGUUUACAGUGAAUGAGUGAAAGCACAAGGUGGUUUAUAAAUAUAUUUUCGAGGUUCUGAAUCUGAUAUUUGUGGAGAAACGUAAUGGAAACUCCUGACGAAAAUACUGGUGAAAAUCAGGAGAUACCGCCAAAUUCAAACUGGGGUGCUGUCAAGGUAGUAAAAGUAGAAUUAAAACUCUACAAUUCGACCAAUGUCACCUCACCAAUGCCAUUUGUUGUGACAUUGAAGUACAACAAUCAUGACAUACAUUUAGCUCUGAAAACUCAUAAAAUAGUUUUAGUAAUUUAUUUUGUAUAUACCUAAAGUUUUAAGUUCAGAUCAGAUGUUGUUUUGAGGAGAACAUUGCAAAUAUCCCCCACCGACCACCCCCAGAAACUCUUCUUGAAACUUUAUGUUUAUAUAUAUACGUGGUUUGCCACUUUGCCCUAUACUUUGCAAACUGGGAGACAACCUGAUAUUGACAAUUAUUUUCGGAACGUUUUUUGGCCAGAGUAGGGUAAAAUACCUCAUUGUUCUUUGAAAAUUAAUCUGAUAAUUUUAACUAUAAUAUCUAACCAGUGUUUUGAAUAAACCGUUAAAACCGAAGUACUCUAUGUAUAGCUGUUGUACCUCAGUAUACUCAGGUUAAUUGUAAUUAUAGCAGCUAGGUUAAUUGUGUUUCAAAAAUGGGCAUCUGCAUAUGCUCAAAAUUUUUUAAUAAAACGAAAAAUAUAAAUUUGAGACUGUCUAAUUAUAUUGUGAUAAAAUUUACAGGCAUUCAUUGUGGCAAACAAAAUUGAUUCUUUAUUAUGGAUAACAAGAAUAUUCACAGUAAUAAAUGUCAUAUGGUAUUUGAUACCCAUAAUCAGGUACUUUAUGAUAUUCCAGUCUUAAUUACUUAAUAUCAGUGUUGUAACAAGUCACGAAUCGAGUCACGAGUCGAGUCACUCAAAGGUCGAGUCAAGUCAUUUCAGUUUCUCAUUUCAGUUUCUCAUUUCAGUUUCAGUGUCAUUUGCUUUUUAACGUUUUAUAUGCAGUAUAUGUGUGUAUGUAUUUGUGACAUAUAUAAUUUGUAAAUUUUUACACAAUUUAGCCAUUGUGGGCUGCGAUGUAAAAUUCUAUUAAACUAUCUACCAUAUCUCUAUCUAUCUCUCUGAUCGAGUCGAGUCAGCGGCUUCACUUAAGUCGAGUCGAGUCAAUAGCUAAACUUGACUUGAGUCAGGGAAUUUGAUCAAGUCCACCCCAUGCUUUCUGUAAUGGUUUGCUACCCGGCCUAGCUUGUAGUCUGAAAUUAGUGAUCAUGCAAAUUUACCUUAAGCUAAUUACUUUGGUAAUUUAAUAACAGUAUCUGGGCAGCUAGCUGGCUGUACCAUGCAAUAUCAUGCACAGUUCUAGUCAAUAUUAAGUAUGACCACAUGAGAUAGUCUCAUCAUGCCUGCUGAUCGAGUGUACAUACUACAUACAACUAGCAUAACUUGCAACUGGACUCAUUAAUUGUUCUUCCCAAGCAAUAAAUCACUGACAAUAAUUUUGAUGAAAAGUUUUCAUAUUGGACUCGAGUCGCUAUUUUCAGCGACUCAACUCGAGUCCAAUAUGAAAACUUUUCAUCAAAAUUAUUGUGAUUUAUUGUCAAUGACUCGACUUGUUACAACGCUGCUUAAUAUGAUUACUCUCUUGAUGUUUCUGAUGUUAUUCUGAGUGUGUAUCCACACCGGGCAGGUUGAAAAGUUUGCCUGACCAUGGUGGGAAUCGAACCUGCAACCUUUGGGAUACUAGCUAGUUCAAUGCUCUGCCCACUCAGCUACGAGGUUUAGUCGGUUUGAUUGAGUGUGUGGUAUUUCGGAACUAAGUCUAGCACCUUUGAUACCAAUGUGGACUAUAGUAUCCCAAAGGUUGUGGGUUUGAUUCACACCGUGGUCAGGCAAACUUGUCACAUACUCAGGGUAACAUCAGAAACAUAUAUUCACCUGCAUGAGUACGUAACAUCAAAACACACAAUUGCUCUCCCCUCAUGUACAAACUGCAUAUGAGAUAAUUGACAAAAGCUAAUUGAUUACAAAAUUGUGAAAGCAACUAUACGUACAUAAGGUAUUCAUUUAGAGUAACAGCUUCAUUUUCAUUUUGAGCUUCAUUUUGAGCAACUACGUACAUAAGGUAUUCAUAUCAGAGUUGAGUCUGUGACUUUCAUGAAUAGUGUGUAUUUUACAAUUGUGGCACAAUUGUCAAUCACUAUAAAAACAGGAAAAUAUCAAUAAAGGCACAUACAUAAUUAUUAUGAACAAUAUAAUUAAGCCACAAUAUAACCACAAAUGUGUGCACUUUUCUUUAAUUCAGUCCAUUUCCAAGUUACACAUGUUAUAGAAGAGCACUGAUAUGUAACGCUGCUGUUUCAGCAUUGCGUCUUCAUCAAAGAUUACCGGUAGGUUCGUUAAAAAUGUUUAAACUUUAACUUAAUAAAGACACAAUCUGUGAAUCUUUAAAUUAUUUUACUGUAGAGAAAUAAAUUUAUUAAAAUUUUUAACUUAUCAUUUUAUCCAUGUUAUCAUUUUUUUCCAAUUAUAAUUGAUGGUAAUGCUUUUAAAUAUAUCAGGUGUUGAACGCACAAUGCUUUUAAGACAUGUUUAUAAACUACGUAUAUUUUUUAAGAUAUGCUGUAAAUGUACAUAUUACAAUGUAUAUGACUGUAUAAGGCAUAAACUAUCCAUGGCGUAGACAAUUGAUAUUACAACGCAAAAUAUUUCCUCCUUAGCACUAAGAUCAAACUUAAGGGAAAAGUAUGUCUCUUGCUUUUCUAACAUAAAUUUUAUGCAAUAGUGUUAUUAUGUAAUAUUUGGAUAAAAUUAGAAAACUUAAAUCUCCAAAAUGACUGGAAAUGCCAUUUCAGAGGGUUUAAAUUUCACAGAGAUGCCCUUGUAUCCCCUCCAGAUAGGCGAGUGGUACCUGCUAUACCACAUAUAGCCACCUAUUUCUUUCAAAAUCCCUCCUACUCCAAAUUUUAUUGUGAACCCUGCAUUUUAUAAGUUUUGCAUAUAAUUUGCAUUAAAUUGUAAUCAUUUUUCUUUUUUUAAGAAUGUUCGUUUUACAAGAGAAUAUCUUGGUGAAUUGCUUUCAGAAGACAGUUGUCAUUAUCUUAUAUAUAGUUUGAUGUUUCUUUAUAGUGCUUACCCUCUUUCUGGUAUCCUUUUUUUUAAUAUAUUUCAUCUGAUAACUCCUGUAUAUUAGACGCGCCCAUUAGAGGUGUGCAAAUCCGAUCCGAUCCGAUCUGAUCGGAUUCGUUCGGAUUUCGGAACCAAAAUGUUCAUAUCGAAUCGGAUUGAUAAAGUUGUUUCGUAGUCGGAUCGGAUCAGACUUCGAUAUCCGAAAUAAAAUGAAUUAAUUAUCCACGCAUUAUUGCAAAAAUUAAUUAUCCAUGCAUUUAUCAAAGCAUUAUCACAGUUGUCGCUGCAUUAUUCGUUUGAUACUUCAAUUGGACGUCACUUUGUCAGCUUCUUGACAUGUAUUUCUUGCUUUUAUAUUUAUUUGGUUAAAUAUUUCAACUUGAAUGAGAAAUUUAUUGUAUUAAAGAAUUCUUCGGAUCGGAUCGGAUUGGUAUUCUUUAUCAAAACUCGGAGCGGAUUCGGAUUAGACGAUUUCGUAUCUGAUCGGAUUUUAAACAUUAGGCAAUUGUCGGAUUAUAAACAUCCGAUCCGAUGCACACCUCUAGCGCCCAUCCCAAAUAUUAGCACAUACUCCAAGCCACCUCCAAGGAUAAACCCUUCCCACACCAAAAUAUAAGUUUUUUUCCUCAGGACUCAUUGAUAUUGUUUGCACUUGCAAGCAAAAUUUAUUAAAUUCAAGAUAUGCCUGCAAGAAUCUAUUUUGAGAUUGUUCUCAAGUUUGUAGUCCCCAGAAAAGACUUCUGAGUUUUCCCUCAGGUUACAAACUUGCUAAACUAUUAAUGAAGGUUUUACCAUCACAUCUGGCACUACACAAAAAUGUAUCUUAAUUUAAAUAUUUGCAAGCCAAAUAUUGCUAAAAUGUCAGAAUUAUAAAAUGUGCCAGCAGAAGCUCUUUUUCAAUAACUUUCACGUCGAUACACUUUGGAUGCUUUCCUCACAAUGUUUUAUUACAUACGUUUAGAAAUUUAAAUAGAAAUCUCAACCUGUGUAUACUAUAUAUACCCCUGUGCACAUAAAUUUACACUUUUUGUGUUUGAAAUACCAUAAAAAGAUUUACACCCGAAUGUACAGGAUAUUUAAUACCUCAAAUUAUCUUUGAGCAUAACGUGAUGUUUUCUUUAACAACUUGAAAAUAGCUGCCCUUAUUCCAUUGGGUAUGUUUGCUCUACUCCAUACCUCAUCCUUUAGCAAGAAAUUACUUGAUGUAAGUUCAUUUAUCGAACAUGACAUAAAUGUGGACAGCUGUCUAUCUUUACGAUGUUUAAAGUUACAAAUUUAAGACGGAAAUGAAAGAUUUCAUAUUUUGGAACCUUCGGUGGAAAUGAUGGAGCUGGGUGCACACCCUCUGGAAAAUCUUCGCGUACACAAUAUUUAUUUACAUUAUAUGUACUAUUUAAAGCACUUGUAGUCGUGUUUUAUCACAUAUAAAACACGACGCGUAGCGGAGUGUUUUAUAUGUGAUAAAACACGACUACAAGUGCUUUAAAUAGCUUAAAAAACGACUCAUCUUAUACGAGUUCAUUGGCGAAGUAAUUUUUAAAAUAAACCUUGUCUAAACCGAGAAAAUCAAAGCUAAAGUUUAUGUAAAUUAACAUGAUUUUUUAUCACAUAUAAAACCACGACACGCUUAUGAUUUUUCUUUGUGUUUUGCUCCUGAAUUAUUAAUGAGUUUUUUAAGUACUAUUUAUAGCAUUUGUAAAUUCUGAACGCUGACUGGCUAAGAGCCGUGUUGAUAGAACUCAAUAUUAACACGGAAAAUUUCUUUCUUUAUAUUUCUUAUAAAUGUGCUGUAUUAUAAAAAAAAUAUAAAACAUUUUUUCCGUAUUGAUAUACACUACAGUUAUUAUAUAUUAACACGCGUGGAAACUGGGAAAACGAGAAAUUGUGUGAAAACACUCCGCCCUCCGGGCGUCGUGUUUCUACACAAUUUCUCGUUUUCCCAAUUUCCGCUCGUGUUGAUAUAACUGUAUAUCAACACGGAAAAUGUUUUAUAUUUGUUAAAUAUUGUUUUACAGUAUGUCAAUGUGCAUACAAUUGUAUAUCCCUGACCCUAACCUGCAUGGCAUUCUUUCUUUCUAAACAGAUUUUAGGUACUGCCGGAGUAUUUGGAAUGUCACUUGUAAGGUAAUGUCUACACUGGGGGCCUGGGCCAAAAAACAUUUUUCCAGACAAACACCAGUAAAAUGAAGGUUCAAAAAAAAUUUUCCGGACAAAUACUUGUAAAAUCACGGCUAAAACACAUUUUUUCGAACCAAUAUCAGUAAAAUUAAGGUCUAAAAAAUUUCUCUCAUACCAUGACUUAUAUAAAAAACGUUCCAAAUAAUUUUUUUAAUUACACCUUUCGGGGCCCCCUUUUGCAAAUUUUGGGGCCCCCUUGCACUGGAGUAUAUAUUCAAAUUUUUAUACGGUUUAUAUGUAUACAAUUCAUUAAGUUUGGCCAGCCAGCGUGGCUUUAAAACCCCUGUUUUUAAACAUAUACUCCUGCCUUUGUGUAGCUGGAUAAGAAAUGGUGUAGAUAAACUUCAAAGCAAUCAAAUUGCGUUAUUACGUGUUAUUGCAUCAACAGAAAUUAUGAUAAUGCCAUUGACAGUCGGUUUGGUAUUAAGGUAUGUUUUUAACAAAUUGUCAUAUUUUAGUAUUGCACUGUUACGUGAUAACAAUGUCAAUGUCGAAGAUAUUAAAUUAAAAAUAAUAACCAAGAAACUAAUACAGUAUGAGUUAAUAAAGAAUUCCUAUCCUGUAAGGCAUGUUGAAGGGCCUUGCAGGUGGAAAUUAUCGUCUAUUCUACUAUCCUAUAAUACACCCUUCCGGAAAAUUACUAGGAAAAUAAGGAAAUUACUAGACGUGUUUGGCUGGCUACUAACUUCCCGCCUUCGUAGUUGUAUUUCCUAUAAAGAUUGUUGCAUGUUUAUACGUACUAUAAUAGCGUGCUUUUAUUUGAACUCCAAAACGUUUUUUCACUUAUUUUUAUAUGUAUUUUUAUAUAGUGGAGCUGCUGGCCUGUUACUCCCGUUCAUCUAUUAUAAAUUUUUAACAUUUCGAUACGCUUCCAGGAGAAACCCAUAUUCGAGGUAUUGUUUUAAAACAUAUUUCAAACACUCAUUAAUAAUUCAUACGCUUAUUGGCAAAUCAUGUCAACCAUAAUAUGUCACGUGCAGCGGCUUUAAACCUGAUAAAACACUCCUAAUUAGUAUUCUUUAUAUAAAGAAUACUAAUAAGAGUAUAUCUAUUGAAUUUGUAGUCGUGUUUGAAGCCGUUUAAUAAACUCGCAGGUCGUGUUUUAUUAAGUCUAAAGCCAGUCGCGCGCGUGCGCGCUCGUGGCUUUAAACCUAAUAAAAUACUCCUGGUCGUUUAUUAAACAGUACAUUAUAUAUGUACUGUACGGUUUAAUUAAGGCAAUCAAAAUGUUAGUAAUAGACCUUUUUUAUAAUUAAUGAUAUCAAUUGUGGAAAAACAAUUUAUGUGAUGUCCCACGGGCACGGAACAAUUUUUAGCGACAAUUUGCAAUGCAAGUCGUUACCGUGCCAAUUUCUUGUAACAUCAUUGGCUUUGCGAAUUAUCGCUAAUGUUUUUCCGCGUUUGACGUCAUUAUGAAAAAGAUCUAGUAGUCAUUACUAUUAAUGCGUGUCCACUUGUAUUUCCCAUGUACACUUCAUUUCAAUACACUUCAUUAACAAAAUAAUUACAUAUGUACACUACUACACUGCACAAAAUCCAAAUAAAUUCACAAUAAUUUAUAAAGAUUUCUAACCAAACAAAAGAGGGACAAAAUGUUCUUUAAGUAAAUGCAAAAGUAUUAAACUUAAAAUAAAAAUUAAAAACUCGACAACGUAAACAGUUUAAACUCAGAAGAGUCAAAACAACCCCCCCCCCCCCAAAAAAAAAACCUGCUAGAGAGUCGUUCUGGGGUCAAGCGCAGGCUAUAUAAACAUAAAAAAAACCACAUAAUUUUAAUUUGUACGAUUAACAUUUUGCUUCUGACUUUGUAUGAAGCCGAAAAUUCAGUUUCAAGAAACUCGUAUAUAGAUAGAAUAUAAGUGCAUGUAUAAGUAUUCACCAAUACUCUACUCUAUAGCUAUAAUUUUGCUUGUCUUUACCAAAAACAGGGAAGAAAUGAAGCAGGUAAACUUCACCUGUUCCAUUUCUUUGUUCUAAGCAACACUGCAAUCUAUACGCUUUGCCAACCGAUGCAGUUUUUUACCUUUCCGUCAAACAUUUUCUUAUUUGCUCAAUUGCUCCCUUCGGCUUUGUUUACAUAUGCAGGGGUUUUUACUAAUUCUUGAUUUUUACUGGUCUUUACUUUACGACGUCAAGGAAAAUAUACCCAAAACAAUACUCUUUGUAAUCUUGUCAGUUUGACUUUCCACGUUAUAAGCUCUAAACAUAAUAAAUAACAAAUCUAAGCAAUACACCCUUCCAAAAAGUACGUAGCCUUGGCUAUAUAGAGUAUACUGUUGAACUUAUUUUAGUGAUUGAGAUCUCGAUCGGCUUUGUAGCAAUUUGGAGCCGUUCAUCUUGUUGCUGAUGACCUAAUUAGCUAUAUAUAAAGGUAUAAUUUUAGUUAAUCUAUUGGUAACUGUACAAUCUCGUAAAUGUGUUACCUGCAACAAGAUAAGGCUAAACACUUUCCGGAAGGGCGUAUCAGGCACGACUUCAUUUGAGACGACGUGCAUGAUAAAACCUGGCUGAGGCGAAGAUUCAUAUGCAUAUAAGGAUGAAAUGUUCAGCUUGUGUGCGCGACCCGGCCGUUGCUGCCAAUAUACGGUAAAUAAGUCCCGACUGUAACAAAACUAUUUUAUUUCUUUCAGAAUGUUAUUUGGUGAAUUUCGUCUGAUGUUUCAACAGUUAGCAAUGCAUGAAAGAUGCCCCGGGUUUAUUCGUAAUAUAAUACUUUCAUUUACACGUUUUAUAUCUAAUCUGGCGCCACUAGUUGCACCAGCAAACACCGGUCCCACUAAUUAACGACAUUCAUCAUUGUAUAAUAUGCGUUUAACCAGCCUAUCCACACGUUGUAAGCCAAUAAGAUUAUUGGUUGUGUCAAUUCUGAUGGAUAUAAUACGACACUGACCCGAACCCCUACUAAAAUGUCAGUCUCACGUACUUUUCAAAGUAUUUUAAAAUAAUAAAAUGGAAGAAAAAAUGCAAAAUAUUAAUUUACCAUUACUUUACCGACCACACUCUUCACGUGCAAUCACGCGAUGUCUUUUUAACCAAAUGAAUUUAACUUUGACUAGAAUAAUUAUGUCACUAAUAUAAUAAAGCAUAUAAAUUAUCAUUUCCAACAACCUCAACCCUAACCAGGGGCAAAACGACCGUGGGGGUGUGGGGCAAGUUUUCGUCGGGCAAAUUUUGAAAAUAUCAAUCUCGUUCCCCGAGCCUGCGAUCCUCGGGAAGGAACGUGAAGGCUCUGGGAUAAUCCGUUUCAGGGAGGAAUCUGAUUGGCCAUUGAUAUGGAAUGCACAGUUCGAUCUUAGCCAGGAUUCCUGGCUUCCGGCAACGGAUUAUCCCAGAGCAUCGCAGACUCGGGGAACGAGAUUGUGAAAAUAUUUGAGUCUCUCGGAUUGAAAAGUAAUAGUUGUAGGAUAAAUUUACGAAAAUAUUACUGCAAAAAUUUUACAAAUUACGGUGAUUAUUUCGAAAGUUAGUGAAAAAUGCUGUCUGGAAUUCCCCCAACAAUUUUGGGAAAAGAAAUAUUAAUUAGCGACUGAAAUGUUCGUCCGUCGGGAACGACGUCGGCCACGCCCUUUGAUCGGGCAAAACAAGUUCACCCCCAGCCGUAAUACCAAAGUUUCGCCCCUAACCUAACCCUGUACAAUCCAAAUAGUAGGGCUGCUAAGACAAAAAAUCGUUCAAAUUGUGAUCACAUUCUGAAACUUGGCACAGAUACUCAUUAGGAUAUGGGGAAUAUAGAAUGGAAGGAC